UCCUCACAUCAUCCCCUCCCAUCUUUCUCCCCAAAAGCAUAUGAAAAAAAUCGAAAAAAUGAAGAUCGAAAAGAAACCGAAUCCCAGUCCCCAGACUGUCGAAAUAUCGUUCGAAAAAAGCAAAUACGCCCUCCCGAAUUUUCUCCUAUCCAUUAAACUCAAAUAUGUAAAACUCGGUUACCACCACUUGAUUUCUCAUGCUAUGUACUUGUUGCUCCUCCCUUUACUAGCCAUUUUCUCCGUUCAUCUUUCGGCAUUUAGUUCUCAAGAUUUUGCGCAAAUAUGGCAAGCCCUCAAGUUCAAUCUUGUCACGGUCAUUAUUUGCUCUUCCCUCAUUGUAUUUUUACUCACACUUUACUACAUGAGGCGUCCGCAGAAGGUCUACUUGGUGGACUUCUCGUGUUACAAGCCCGAAGAUGCACGUAUGUGUACGAAAGAAUUUUUCAUUGAGAAGUCGGAAGAGAGUGGGAUUUUUAGUGAGGACAAUUUGGCAUUUCAGAAGAAGAUACUGGAGCGAUCAGGGCUAGGCCAGAAGACGUAUUUCCCCGAGGCUGUGAUGCAUUCUCCCCCGAGGAUUAACAUGGCUGAGGCUAGAAAAGAGGCGGAGAUGGUCAUGUUUGGAGCCAUUGAUGAGCUUUUGGCCAAAACCGGUGUGAAGCCUAAGGAUAUUGGGGUGCUGAUAGUGAAUUGUAGCUUGUUCUGUCCUACACCAUCUCUUUCGGCUAUGGUUGUGAAUCAUUACAAGCUGAGGGGCAACGUUUUGAGCUAUAAUCUCGGUGGCAUGGGCUGCAGUGCUGGCCUCAUUUCAAUUGACCUAGCCAAACAGCUGCUUCAGGUGCAACCAAAUUCCUAUGCUCUAGUGGUGAGCAUGGAGAACAUAACAUUGAACUGGUACUUUGGCAACAAUAGAUCAAUGUUGGUAUCCAACUGUCUUUUCCGCGUUGGUGGAGCUGCAAUUCUCCUGUCCAAUCGUUCAUCUGAUCGUCGUCGUUCAAAGUAUCAGCUCAUCCACACUGUGCGUACCCACAAAGGCGCGGAUGAUAGGUGUUACAAUUGUGUUUUUCAAGAGGAAGACGAGGAGAAGAAGGUUGGAGUCGCGCUGUCCAAGGACCUGAUGGCUGUAGCAGGGGAGGCCUUAAAAACAAAUAUCACGACUCUCGGGCCAUUAGUCCUUCCCAUGUCUGAACAAUUGCUAUUUUUUGUUACAUUAGUCGCGAGGAAAGUUUUUAAGAUGAACAUCAAGCCCUACAUUCCUGAUUUCAAGCUCGCGUUUGAGCAUUUCUGCAUUCAUGCUGGAGGGAGGGCCGUGUUAGACGAGUUGGAGAAAAAUCUGGAGCUUAAAGAAUGGCAUAUGGAGCCUUCAAGGAUGACUCUUUACAGAUUCGGAAACACUUCCAGUAGCUCACUGUGGUAUGAAUUGGCUUAUUCCGAGGCCAAGGGGAGGAUCCGAAAGGGCGAUCGGACUUGGCAGAUUGCAUUCGGGUCAGGAUUCAAAUGUAACAGUGCAGUUUGGCGUGCAAUGAGGACCAUUGAUCCUGCUAAGGAGAAGAAUCCUUGGAUGGAUGAGAUUCACGAAUUUCCGGUAGAUGUGCCAAGGGUUGCACAUCUUGGUUCUUCAUAGACAUAUCAGGAGUGAUUGGUUAGGACAAAGUCCUUAACAAAGAAACAAAUUUAGUUUCAUUGUAACCAAACCAAACAUAUCUCGUAUAUUUCGUUUCGAGUAAGGUGUGACAUGUCUGUUUGUUGUAUAUUUCGUUUCGAGUAAGGUGUGACAUGUCUGUUUGUAUAAAUAUUUGAAAAUGGAUUAAUUUGGCGUUUAUGUAUGUGUUUUCGUUUUCAGGAUGUAUAGGGGAUGAAUGCAUAAUAAAAGUGAUAGUGUGAAACUAUUAGCUAGGUCAACUUCCUAGUUCAA